UAUAGUUAAUAAUACUAUUCUAAAUAUUAUUGUGGUUAAUGAUACUGUUAGUAUAGAUAUAAAUUUUUCUGUUGCUGUUAAUAAUACUACUGUAGUUAAUGAUAUUACUAAUAUAGAUGAAGAUAAUAAUUCUGUUGUUAUAAAUAUUAUAUUUAUAGUUGUAGUUGGUACUGUUGUUUCUAUUAAUUCUUCUCUAUUAGAUUGA